UGGUUUCUCUGCAGGGGUGAAGUGAGGAAAGGAUGCAAGGGAUUAGAUAUGGGAAAUACUCUAUGACACUGGUCAUAUGUGUAAUUCUAGUCUGCAUGUUUCUGGUCUUCCAACCCCUGGACGACUUCUCAGAUGGGAUCUGUGCGUGUACUCACUGUGUCAGACAGCAGAGCCACAGUCACUGGUUCAAUGAACUCUACGAUGUCUCUGUCCCACCUUUGCUCACCAGGAGAAAUCAUGUGCUUAGUGAUAGUGUCCUGAAGUAUUGGAAGGGUCUUCAGAAAUAUAAGAUUGAAUCCAACUACGCCGAAGUGGUGGAGAAGUUGUUCUCGCUCUUCCCAGAUAAAGAACACUACUCCGAUGCUGGACCGGAUCGCUGCAGAAUCUGUGCUGUUGUGGGAAACUCUGGCAACCUCAAAGGAUCCCAUUAUGGACGUCUCAUAGAUCUUCAUGACUUUGUCAUUAGGAUAAAUAAGGGCCCAACCAAAGGUUUUGAGAAGGAUGUGGGUUCCAAGACCACUCAUCGGUUGAUCUAUCCCGAGAGCGCUGUGGAUAUGGACAACUCCACCCACCUGGUGCUUUCUCCCUUUAAGGUCUUGGACAUGGAGUGGCUCAUCAGUGCCUUCACCACUAAAACCAUCACACGCACUUACAUCAAAGUUAAGCCGAGUGUAACUGCCAACAGACAUAAGGUGAUGAUUCUACACCCGGCUUUUAUAAAAUACGUCCAUGAGAUUUGGUUACUAAAACGUGGCCGAUAUCCAUCUACUGGCUUCCUCGCAAUUGUAUUUGCCCUGCACAUCUGUGACCAGGUUUCUGCAUUUGGGUUCGGUGCCGAUCAGUAUGGAAACUGGUUUCAUUACUUUGAGAAAACCGGGCCCAACCUCCGUACCGGCGCUCACAGCGGCAGCUUUGAAUUUGACACUAUGAUGCGCCUUUACCUUGAAAACAAAAUUCAGGUGUUCAGAAGAAGAUAAUCGGAGGAAAUCUGACGUGUCAUGCAACGCUUCAGUAAAUGGAACCAGAACAACCGUGCUGUCAACACCUGCAUCAUAGGGCACUCAUUUAUGCUGCUUGUUUUUUUGUUUGGUUGCAAAUGUUUGCUCGGUUGAGAGAAAAGGCUUCCCUUGAGCAAAGCUCCACAUGCUGUUAUGUAUUUAAAGUGACCCAGUUUUACGGGCGUAGGACAGUCAGAGGUCACUUUAUUGUCUGUGAUGAUAUAUUUUAUUUAUUUAGGCGCCUCACAAAUUCCUGUCUGUGUACAUGGGAGAGAAUGUUUUUUUUUUUGGGUGUGGAAGUCUAUUGUGCAACAGAAUGCUCGGUGGCCCCUCAGAUAACUUCUGAAUGAUCAGCCAAUGAUGCACCUGCUCGGCGACUGGAAUUUUUCCAAAUAAAUGUCUCACGCUGAUGGAGCAGUGAAGGGACACUGUGAAGAAACAGAUCUUUACAUAUUAUCAGGAGGUCAUUAUUUUUUUCGAUAAAGUGUCCUACCUCUGCUAGGGGUCAUAACUAUGCAAUUGUAAUUUCAAUCAAGUCAAGAUGCUUAAAUAUGCCUUUUUAGUGUAGAGCCCAAAUGUGUGUAUCUGUUUGGUGAAACAUCAGGUGCUGCGUGUUUCCAGGAACAGUAGUUUUCUCUUCACCAUGUAAUUUCAAGAAAUGCCUUCAGAACAAAGGCGUUGCUACAAGUAAUGGCUUAUUCCUUGAGAUCAUCAUGUUGUUCACAAAAAAUUCUUAAAAGCUCUCACAUGCUGGGGUACUGAACACACACUUUUGUUUUCGAAAUGGUAACAUGCAUGUUCACGACUGCAUUUCAUUUAAUAAAUGAAAGAAACGCUAAACAUUCACAAAAACAGUCAUGCAGUUAUUUUAACACGUGUCUAGUGUAUUAAAAUCUCGUGUCUCAAGAGGAAGAUU